GUCUUUCCCAGCCUCCCUUGCACUUCCUGCUUCGGUAGCUGCCUGUGUGUUUGAGCAAACGAUACCUCAACAACAAGAUGGAAUAGUUAGGAAAAUAUUGUGAAAUCCAGUCAAUGACAACGUUGUAUUUACUUGUGGCAAUCUAUUCAAUUAAACCCUUUAUUUAAAUGUCAGUUACUAGGACUUGAAGGUUGUUGACAAAACAUCAACAAUGCAUCUCUCUCCCACCAACGGAGAUUUUACUUUCGUCUCAUCAACUGAAGCCGAGGAUCUAAGCGGGACGAUUGAUGCCCCAGAUGUUAAAUUGAACAUGGGCAGUGACAAUGCAAAAGACCCAUAUGCAACCACGUUCCUGAGGAAACGAGGCUAUGGCUGGCUCCUGGAAGUAGAAGAGGAUGACCCCGAAGACAACAAACCUCUUUUGGAGGAGCUGGACAUCGACCUGAAAGACAUCUACUACAAGAUCCGCUGUGUGCUCAUGCCAAUGCCCUCCUUGGGCUUCAACCGGCAGGUUGUGAGGGACAACCCUGACUUCUGGGGCCCGCUGGCUAUAGUACUCCUUUUCUCCAUGAUCUCCAUCUACGGACAGUUCAGGGUGGUGUCUUGGAUAAUUACCAUUUGGAUAUUCGGCUCUUUAACAAUCUUUUUGCUGGCUCGUGUUCUUGGUGGUGAGGUGUCUUAUGGACAAGUUCUUGGAGUGAUUGGAUAUUCUCUACUCCCGCUCAUCGUUAUAGCCCCAUUGCUUUUGGUCAUUGGGGGUUUUGAUGUUGUUUCUACACUAAUAAAGCUUUCUGGAGUAUUUUGGGCUGCUUACAGUGCUGCUUCACUGCUCGUUGGGGAUGAAUUCAAAACCAAGAAGCCUCUGCUCAUAUACCCUAUUUUCCUUUUGUACAUCUACUUCCUGUCACUAUAUACUGGAGUCUGAUUGGACAAAUGGCAACAGUGGAACUUUGGUUGGAGAAUGACACAAAGCACCGUGAAAAGACAAAAGGAUUAAUUACACAAUGAAAAUAAGGAGCAUGGAUUUUUGAAAGGUCAUUUUCUCCCUCUUUAACCCUGUUUACAAUUCUAGACUGUGGGGAUAUAAGGGUGUAUGUUACAUCAGUGUAUUUAAAUGUACCCCUUACCUCUGUGCUCAGUAAAAAGCUGUAGCUUAUGGUCUAAGCUCGGUGUUCAGAUUGAAUUGUAAUUAGAUCGCAGGUUCGCGUUGGCAUCAUAUAAAAGGACUGUAAUUAUUUAAUCAAGGCGUUAAAUCUGGUUUUGGUAAUCAUGGGAGGGUCACAAACAUACCAGUCAUUGAUUUUUGUUAAUGCUUUUAUUCCAUAGAGGAAGGUGGUGCCAAAUACAGUGCAAAUUUGUUCAAUUUGAACCAAGGGGUUAAGAAAGAAGUCUGCCCCUAUGGUUCCCCAUUAUUGUGUAAGGGAGUGGGCUAAGCAUACUGUUAUGCAUUAUUUAGUGGUCAUUUCAGCCUGGGUAGACAAGUAGAUGGGCAGUUUGAGUGAAAUAAAACAAAGUCUACUAAAGUUUGGUGCCUUUCAUUAGUUGUUUUAUACAGUUGUUUAAAAAUCUUUUAUUGAACGGAUGUAUAUUUUCAGACAACUUGCUUGUAUCUAUUGUAUGUAUUCAGAACAUGUUAUACAAUUGUGAAAAAUUACUAGACCUGGAACAAUUAAGAGUUAUAAAACGCUCAUUAAUUCACAUUAAGGGGGCAUAAAAUAUAUCAACAUAAUUGUCUGUAUAACUGUUGUACUGUACUAAAUAUUUUAAACAACAUUCUCAUACAGUAUGUAAUGUGUUAUAUCAUUAAUCUGCAUGCAAAAACUUAAUUUCACACCCAAGCUUUAUGUAGGAAAUGUUGAAUGUACUAUAGCAAUUAAAACCUUGUCAGGGGGGUUAAUUUAGUGAUAUGGAAUUUACAGUGAAUAUAUUAUGAAUUAUUAGCAAAAAAACGCAUUGAAACAAUUUUUGAGUUUGUGUUAUGUUCUUACACAUUGUAUAUAAUUCGCUUUUAGAACAACAUAGCAAAUGCUCAGUUGUUGAAAUUUGCCAGUUUGACCUCACGUUUGGCCUUAGUCUUUGUCACAAAGUACAUCUGAAAUUGGAUAUCUGAUAAGUAAAUUCAAGUAUGCAUAUGGUUUCUAGGGGUAGAGGAUGAACGGAAAUGUGCAUUGGUUUUACACUAAUGCAGUCUAAGCCAAUUUAGGUGUUAUUGGGGUGGCUGACUUCAAGGGCUUUAUAAAUGAUAAAAGGUGUCUUGGUGGGGUGGGCCUAAACUCACCAGACUGACUGUUGGUCUGUACAGUGGGGGAUGUUUGCUGUCGGUGGUGUGUGUAAAGCCUGAUGCAUGCUUCCCAGUCUAAACAGUUUGCGCAUAUAUACAAUGACAGAAUUUUGUGACUUUGGUGUUAGGCAGGUUUUUUCCGUCUGUUCACACACACUAAAUUUUUUCUCAAGACGAAGUUCAGUAACCAAAGUUAAUGCCCCUUUGUCGGUGAUUGACCAACAGUACUACUACUACUACUAGUAGGAGUGGGAACUAUGGACGGGAUUCUUCAAUAAAGUGUUUGUCAUUCAACGA